UUUUUGUGCCUCAUACAAACCGGCGUAUUCGUCGCAUAUAAAAAUGACCAAGGAGGAGUUUGAGGCCAAGGAGGGCGUCGAGGAGGUGGAGGACGAUGAUGAGGAGCUCAGCGACGACGACGAGGAGGGCGACCUCGACGAGGGCGAUGAGGAGGGUGGCGCUGGCCGCGGCAAGCAGAGCCGCAGCGAGAAGAAGAGCCGCAAGGCCAUGCAGAAGCUGGGCAUGAAGCCUGUUGGGGGCGUCACCCGCGUCACCAUCAAGAAGAGCAAGAACAUCCUCUUCGUCAUCCAGUCCCCCGACGUCUUCAAGAGCCCCGCCUCGGACACCUACAUCAUCUUCGGCGAGGCCAAGAUUGAGGACCUGAGCGCCCAGACCCAGGCCGCCGCCGCCGAGCAGUUCAAGAUGCGGCCCGAGCCCGAGGCCGCGCAGGCGCCGGGCGCCGCCGCCGGCCCCGCGGACGAGGAGGAGGACGCCGAGGUCGACGACAGCGGUGUGGAGCAGAAGGACAUUGAGCUGGUGAUGACGCAAGCCAACGUGAGCCGCUCCAAGGCCGUCAGGGCGCUCAAAAACGCGGAGGGCGAUAUCGUGUCCGCGAUCAUGGAGCUCACCAUGUAACCGUUCGUGGCGGUUUGCAUGGCGGUUGCAGCGGUGGUGGGGCGAUGAUGGGGGAGGGGUGCUGCUCCAAUUCGUUGUUGCUCUGUUCAGGCGGACGUUGGGCGCGCGGAGGAGGUUGGAGGUUUGUGCGGCGCAGCGCGCGUGUGUGGCGGUGAAUGUUGCGCUUGUAGGGGCGUAGACGUUUUGUUUGUUAUGCGCCUUUGUUUAUACUGUGCGCGCUGCUUUUCCCCUUGUGUGAAGCAGUGCCCGGGGCGCUGAAAGCAAAAAAAGUUAUUCACCGUUGCCAUGGCGCCGUCGUCCUGCUCUGAGCUUUGCUGAGGGCUGUGCGGGCAAUCAACAAACCACCCACCGAGGCGGAGUUGUAACGAAAAUGGGC